CGGGGCCUGGCGGCUGCGCUGCACCACCGGGCACUUCAGGCAGACCCGGCCGCCGCGGCUCGUCGGCGCGCGGCCCCGCACCUGCUGCCCUCGCCCGGCCCGGGGCGCCGCUGCCAUGCGGCUGGCGCUGCUCUGGGCCCUGGGGCUCCUGGGCGCGGGGAGCCCUCUGCCCUCCCGACCACUUCCAGAUAUAGGUGGCCCCGAGGAGCCGCAGGCUAGACCGGAGAAGCUGUGGAGUGGGUCCUUGGAGCCCCAGAUCCUUCAGGAUGACCGCCCACUCAGCCUAGCCGAGGUGCUUCAUGUGAGCUCCCCUCGCCCCUGGCAUGUGGACCUACACCCACCCCACAUCAAUCAGAGCAGCCUGCCCGAGGCCCUGAGGAUCCAGCUGGAGCUGGACGGAGAGAGUCACAUCCUGGAGCUGCUUCAGAAUAGGGAUUUGGUGACAGGCCGCCCAGCCCUGGUGUGGUACCAACCUGAUGGAACCCGGGUGGUCAGUGAGGGACACACUCUGGAGGACUGCUGCUACGAGGGACUGGUGCAGGGCCACGCCGGCUCCUGGGCCUCCCUGUGCACCUGCUCUGGGCUCAGGUACAGCAGGGGGCUGGUGGUCCUGUCCCCAGAAAGAAGCUAUGCCCUGGAGCCGGGGCCUGGGGAUCCUCAGGGCCCUCCCGUUAUCUCCCGGAUCCAAGACCUCCUUCUGCCAGGUCACACCUGUGCCUUGAGCUGGCGCACAUCUGUGCCCACCCCCCAGCCUCUGCGAGAGCCCCCCCGUGGACAGCACCCCAGCCAUCGGCGGAGGCGCGAUGUGCUCACCGAGACCAAGACUGUGGAGCUGGUGGUUGUGGCCGAUCACUCGGAGGUGCAGAGGUACCCGGACUUCCAGCAGCUGCUGAACCGCACGCUGGAAGUGGCCUUGUUGCUGGACACGUUCUUUCGGCCCCUGAAUGUCCGCGUGGCACUGGUGGGCCUGGAGGCCUGGACCCAGCACGACCUGGUGGACGUGAGCCCGGACGCGGCCGUCACGCUGGACAACUUCCUGCACUGGCGCCAGGCGGACCUGCUGCCUCGAUUGCCCCAUGACAGUGCCCAGCUGGUGACCGGCAUCUCGUUCUCGGGGCCUGUGGUGGGCAUGACCAUGCAGAACUCCAUCUGCUCUGACUUCUCAGGAGCCGUCAACAUGGACCACUCCACAAGCAUCCUGGGUGUGGCCUCCUCCAUCGCACACGAAUUGGGCCACAGCCUGGGCCUGGACCACGAUUCCCCUGGGAGCCGCUGCCCCUGCCCCGGCCCAGCCCCAGCCAAGACCUGCAUCAUGGAAGCCUCCACGGACUUCCUUCCAGGCCUGAACUUCAGCAACUGCAGCCGCCGGGCCCUGGAGCAAGCCCUCCUGGCCGGGCUGGGCGGCUGCCUCCUGGAGCGCUCGCCCAGCCUGCCCGUGAUGGCCGCUUUCUGUGGGAAUAUGUUUGUGGACCCGGGCGAGCAGUGUGACUGCGGCUUCCCAGACGACUGCACUGACACCUGCUGUGACGCCUUCACCUGCCAGCUCAGGCCAGGGGCACAGUGUGCAUCCGACGGCCCCUGCUGUCAGAAAUGCCAGCUACGCCCAGCUGGCUGGCAGUGUCGCCCUCCCAGAGGUGACUGCGACCUGCCCGAGGUGUGCUCAGGAGACAGCUCUCAGUGCCCCCCUGAUUCCAGCCUGGGAGACGGCGAGCCCUGUGCCGGCGGCCAGGCUGUGUGCGUGCACGGGCGCUGUGCCUCUUACGCCCAGCAGUGCCAGUCGCUCUGGGGGCCCGGAGCCCAGCCUGCCCAGCCGCUUUGCCUCCGCACAGCCAACACGCGGGGGGAUGUGUUUGGGAGCUGCGGGCGCAGCCCGGAUGGCAGCUACGUGCCCUGCACCCCGAGCGACGCCAUCUGUGGGCAGCUCCAGUGCCAGGGGGGCGGGGCCCGACCCCUGCUGGGCUCGGCUAGAGAGAGGCUCUGGGAGAUGGUGGAAGCCAACGGGACCCAGCUGAACUGCACCUGGGUGCACCUGGACCUCGGCAGUGACGUGGCCCAGCCUCUCCUGACUCUGCCCGGUACAGCCUGCGGCCCCGGCAUGGUGUGCGUGGACCGCCGGUGCCAGCCUGAGGCUCUCCUGGGAGCACAGGAAUGUCGGAGCAGUUGCCACGGGCAUGGGGUCUGCGACAGCAACAAGCGCUGCCACUGUGAGGACGGCUGGGCACCCCCCGACUGCACCGCCCGGGUCCGAGCGAGCAGCUCCCUGACCACUGGGCUGCUCCUCAGCCUCCUGCUGCUCCUGGUCCUGCUGCUGCUUGGUGCCAGCUACUGGCACCGGGCCCGCCUGCACCAGCGACUCUGCCAGCUCAAGGGACCCAGCUGCCAAUACAGGGUGGCCCAAUCUGCCCCCCCGGAGCGACCGGGACCCCCACGGAGGGCCCUGCUGGUGCCGGGCGCUAAGCUCCUCCUGCUCUCUCAUCAGGCCAGCACGCCCGGCCUCCCAGGGGCCCCCUCCAGGCCGCUGCCGCCUGACCCUGUGCCCAAGAGACUGCAGGCUGCACUGGCUGACCGGCCCAAUCCCCCUACCCGCCCGCUGCCCGCUGACCCGGUGGUGAGGCGCCCGAAGUCCCAGGGGCCUGCCAAGCCGCCACCCCCGAGGAAGCCACUGCCUGCUGACCCGCAGGGGCGGCGCCCAUCAGGUGACCCGCCCGGCCCAGGAGCCGGGAUCCCGCCUCCAGUGAUACCCUCCAGGCCAGCACCGCCGCCCCCAGCAGUGUCCUCGCUCUACCUCUGAUCUCUCCUGAGGUUCCGCUGCCUCUAACCCGGACUUAGGACUCCAAGAAGGAGCCUCACCCCUUGGAGUCCCCUCCCCCCACACCAAGAUGACCUAAAGACCCAGAGCCUGAACGCGGCGGAACAGGAGUCUUCAGACAGCACGCCACCGAGCAGCACUUUAGGGGACCUGCCCACGGAGCUGCAGCCCGAGGGCCGGGGCGGGGCUGCGGCUGGACGGGGACUGCGGGAGGGGCGCACCACCUGUCACCGCUCCGUGCAAUAAAUUUGGGAUCCUGA